CAUUAAUAUUUAUAUUUUUAAGGAAAUUCAUCAUGAAGAUGUUCGGCAAUUUGUAAAAAUAAAAAUUAAGAGACCUCAGAGCAGUGCUACGAGUGAAGAUCUGGUUCAAGCCGCAUUAGAGCAAACCAACAACCCUAAAUUAGCCUUUCAACUUGUAGAGAAGCUAACAAAGAACAAACCUAAUGAUAGAACAACUAAGAGGAAGGUGAGCUGUGCUAUGACAAAGAAGAAACUGUUGGAAGAAAAAAAAGGAGAGAAUGCCGUGGCAGAUGUGACAAAGGACCUAGGGAUACAAAUCCACAGAUUAGAGAACCCCACCACUCACUUUCUUAAAGUCAGCGAACACCAAUAUAAUAGUGGAACUAACUAUCAAACCUUCUACAGAGAAUUUAGAGCUGCCAUCGUGGGGAACCUUAAAAAACGAGGACAUCGAAUACAAUACCAAAUUAACCAUGAACUGGAAUCUGAUGAAACGGUGUCACCAACCUUCGAGGAAACUAUUGUCCUCUGGUGUCUGGAAAAAAUUGAUCCUCGUCUUCCCUCUCAUGUUAAUAAAACAUUUGGCCAUCUAAUGACUGGGCAUACAACUCUUAAAGACCUCCAAAUACAGAUCUUUCAACACAUUGGUAGCAUGAUCAGGGAUCUUAAUGACAUUGAAGCUAACAGGGCUACAACAUUUAGAAUAUUUUCUUGAUAUUCCUUUGAAGACAACGACAAGGUCGGGCUUGCAGCAUUCAGAGCAUAAACGUUUGCCAUUUCACCAAUAUGGAAACAAUUUAUACCAAAAACAAUCAUGCCAGAUCUGUCAAAUAGUAGGAAGGCCUUCUGCCAUUGCUUUUAAUUACUCCCAAGCCAACUGCAAGCCAAGAACGCUAUAUUUGAUGUAGCCGCUCUUGAAGACCCAAGAACUAUGAUCCCAUCCCCGUCUCUUACCUACCCUUACCAUUGAGAUAGGUGCAUUUUAAAUCAAACUACUAAACGUAGAGCAUGAAAAAGAUAUUAUGUCUCACACAUCUAUUAAUAUUUUACUUUCAGA